UGUUACUAAACUCUCAUGCCACAUCGGCACUAACUCCCACUCCGGCAAAUUGCACCCAUUGAAGCUAAGGCUUGUCAUCCUCUGCUUCCUUUCCAUCCAGUCAUCCUGAAACAAAAAAAAUCUGCAUAAAACCCCAUUUCUCAUGGUGGUUCAAGCCUUUUCAUCAUUUCUUUAAGAGCCCAGAUUUUUGUCUCUUUCCGAAGAAUUAUGCCAUGGAGGUUCUAAAUGCAGCAGGUUUGACCCCAAUAUCGGUUCUUUGUGAAAAAAGAACAGAACCCAGAAAAUUUUUGUGUAUUCCUGCUACUUCAUCACUCAAAUUCUCAACUUCUGCUUCUCUAAGCACCACCCCCCCUACCAUGCAAGAGUGUUUAUCAGGGACUUUUCACGGGGGUCUAGUACUUUUAUCUUCAGUACUUAGUAGUGGGCUAGGUAAAGCUUUAACAUAUGAGGAAGCACUACAACAGUCAGCGAGCACCCCAGCAUCUGAUUUUGAUGUCAGUGGAGUUCUUGAUAGUGUUACUAGUUUUGCAACGGAAAAUCCUACUGUUAUAGCAGGUGGUGCUGUAGUUUUGGCAAUUCCAUUGGUUUUGUCUCAGGUUCUCAAGAAACCCAAGCCAUGGGGUGUUGAGUCCGCAAGAAGGGCUUAUGCAGUUUUGGGAGAUGAUGCAAAUGCUCAGUUACUUGAUAUAAGAGCGCCAGUGGAUUUGAGAAAAGUGGGUACUCCUGAUAUCAGGGAUUUCAAAAAGAAGCCAGUGUCAAUUGUUUACAAAGGUGAAGAUAAUUCAGGUUUCUUGAAGAAGCUGUCUUUGAAGUUUAAGGAACCAGAGAAUACUACAGUGUUCAUUCUAGAUAAAUUGGAUGGGGGCUCUGAACUGGUUGCAGAGUUGGUCACUGCAAAUGGAUUUAAAGCUGCUUAUGCCAUAAAAGAUGGCGCAGAAGGACCACGGGGAUGGAUGAAUAGUAGUCUUCCUUGGAUACCGCCAAGUAAAGGGUUGAGCUUUGAUCUUAGCUAUGUGACAGAUACCUUCAGUGGUGCACUUGGAGAGGGCUCUGAUUCCUUGCCUCUGACUAUUGGGAUUGCAGCAGCAGCAGCCGGCAUUGGUGUAUUAGCAUUUUCAGAGAUUGAAACAAUUCUCCAAGUAUUAGGCUCAGCUGCACUUGUUCAGUUUGCAAGUAAGAAACUCCUGUUUGCAGAGGACCGUAAGCAAACUCUGCAACAAGUUGAUGAAUUCUUGAACACCAAGGUUGCCCCUAAAGAGCUUGUUGAUGAGAUAAAGCAAAUUGGGAAGGUUCUUCUGCCAGCAGGUGGGCCAAGUAAGGCUCUCCCUGCAUCUGUAGAACCAAGUUCAGAAGCUGCUGCUGCUGAUAAUACUGUACAGAAGGCCGAAGCAGUUCCGGGGCCUGCUUCCCAAAUCAAUUCAGUUAAAGCAGAAUCAGUUAGUGGGUUUCCAAGACCCCUUUCACCAUAUGCAUCAUAUCCAGAUUUCAAGCCACCAACAUCUCCUACUCCAUCACAACCCUAAAUUAUAGUUGCAUCGAAGUCUUCAGGUGUGUUUCUACAAGAAGCAACUGUUUUGCCGGCAAUUUCUAGGGCUAUUUCAUGAGUUGUCCAAUCUGUGCACCUGAUACAUAAAAUUUUCCAGCUUUAUAUGACAUUCAAACAAGUGAUGAAAGGGAUGAUUUGGGUUAUUCCAGCCAAUAAGAUUAUGUUUCUUUCAUCUCUUUGUAGCUUGUGGAUAUUUUACAGAAUUAGUUCAUGAUUUAACACCAUCUUUAUAAAUUAGUAUGGUUUGUAUUAAAUUUAUGGAGUCAAUAGAAAUGCAUAUGUGUAAUUUUUAUUGGGACAGUGACAGAGGGAGAAACACUGAUUUAAUGUUUAGUACAUGGCAGUGUUUUUGUGUGAACCAUACAUCUGUGUGAAGUUAUAAAUUUUAGUAUUGUUUGAGGAA